CAGCAGCAGCAGAAGAAGAACGCCGAAUACAUUUAAACAUUUAAUUUAUUGGCUUGAGAGGCUUUAAAUUAAGUUUUUGUCUCUGGUUAAAGUAUUAUUAUUGUUGUUAUUUUUUAUUAUUAAAGUAUAAAUUGUUAGAAACAACUUCAGUUUGAUAACUACUUAACCAUCUCAUCUAACUAAAUUACGCUGCGAAAUGGGCCGAAUCCCGAAUAGCUCCCUACUCCCUAUAUUAGGUCACUAUAUAGCACAAUAAGCAAUGACUCCUGCAGCCUGGGUACAGUAGUGCACUAAAUGUAGUGUAGAAAGGUAUUUGGGAAUGAACUUCAGCUAACCUGCUGUCGCAUGUGAACCCAAAACAUGCAGGUAGCUGCCUGCUACUGUCCGAGUUGCACUAGUUAUGAAGUGAAACUAUGAGUGAAAUUAAUGUAGAGGUUUUAAAAAGAGCAUGGAGGAUUAGUUAUAAACCUUAAAAUGGCGCUUGCGGCGUUACAAAGCACGAGUGUGUUUUAUCGGAGGAUCCUGUCCCAGUUUCCACAAGACAUUAGCUUAGCAUUUGCUUAUGGGUCUGGAGUGUUUAAACAGGCUGGGAGCAGUCAAGGUCAGAUGCGGAAUAACAUGCUGGACUUUGUGUUUGCUGUGGAUGACCCCAUCACUUGGCACACCAUGAACUUAAUAGAAAACAGGAAACACUACUCUUUUCUAAAAUAUCUUGGUCCAAAACAGAUCAGCAGCAUUCAGAAUGAGUAUGGAGCCGGAGUGUACUACAACACCCUAGUGCCCUCGGAGGAAAGGCUGAUCAAGUAUGGAGUCAUCAGCACGGAUGCCCUGAUUGACGACUUGCUUCACUGGAAAACCAUGUAUAUCGCAGGCAGACUGCACAAACCUGUGCGGAUUCUGGUGCAGAAGGAGAACGCGAAGCUGCGAGCUGCUCUGGUGGCGAAUCUGAAGAGUGCAGUGAUCGCCUCCUUCCUCAUGCUUCCAGAGAGUUUCUCAGAGGAAGAGCUUUUCCUCAACAUCGCUGGCCUCUCUUACUCCGGGGAUUUCAGGAUGGUGAUCGGCGAGGAUAAAUCCAAAGUUUCCAACAUUGUGAAGGAAAACAUGGAGCACUUCCGAAUGUUGUAUAAUAAUAUUCUCCAAGAAUGUCCGCAGGUGGUCUACAAGCUGCAGCAGGGGAAGCUGGAGGUAGAUAAGAGUCCAGAGGGCCAGUUUACCCAGCUGAUGGCUCUGCCUCGCACUCUGCAGCAGCAGAUCACACGGCUGGUGGAUCCUCCAGGGAAGAACCGUGACGUGGAGGAGAUCCUGCUGCAGCUCGCUCAAGACCCAGACUGCGGCCUGCUCGUACAGCAAGGUAUCUCCACAAUAGUGAAAACGUCCAGUAUAACACAAAGUGCCAAAGGAAUUGUUACAGCAGGUCUCAUGAAAACGGUGUCAUAUAGUGUGAAAAAGCUGAGGAAGAUGCUCAAAGGCUGGAGGAGGAAGACACAGUGAUUUCUUAGUCUUUUUACUCAGCCUUUACUGUUGGUGCUCUGUAUGAGUUUUUGGUAUUAUGUCACCACAUGGUCAUGUCUAAGUGUAAUACUGUACAACUAUGGAUAUAUUUAAGUGAACUGAGGUUUAUUUAUGUUAACAUGAGAUUUGUGUUCUGAUUUCCAUAAAAAAUGCUGUUAAAUGUUUAGGCUGGGAAACUGCACAGUCCUGUGUGUUACAGUAUGUCAUGUUUCAUUUUAAUUUGCACUGUAUGUAACUGUAUGCUGAGGAUUUCAGAACAGAGAGUGAACAGAGUCAGUGUUGUAAUUGCCAUUAAUCAGUCAUCAAAUGAUGUUGUAAUAAAUAAAUAAAUAAACAAACAAGCAAAACAGUAGCAUUGCUUCUUCACAGCUUCAGGGUUCCCAGUCUGUGUGCUGGUUCUCAUGUUCUCCCUGAGAACAACCCUAACCAAGAUAAAGCACAUACUGAA